AUGCAAUUGCCGUCUCUUUCCUCUAUUGCUAUCUCUAUGCUAGUAGCUGCCAAUGCUGCUUCAAUGGUUCAAGCCAAGAUCAAUGUCUUGUCUUGGGACGAUGCUUACAAGAAGGCUGAUGCCUUGGUGAGCCAGAUGAGCUUGGAGCAAAAGAUCGCUAUCAGCACCGGUGUUGGCUGGGAAAACGGGCCCUGUGUCGGCAAUACUUAUGCUAUCACCAAGCCAGACUUCCCCUCUCUCUGUUUGCAAGAUUCACCUAUGGGUAUAAGAAAGGCUGAUAACGUCACUGCCGGAACAUCUUCAAUUAACGCGGCUGCAUCCUUUGAUAAGAGUGCCAUUUUUGCUCGUGGCGAAUACAUGGGCCGCGAAUUCUAUGGAAAAGGUAUUCAUGUCCAAUUAGGCCCUGGCAUGAACUUUAUGAGAAGCCCUGAAGGUGGUCGUGGAUUCGAGAGUGGUGGUGAAGACCCAUUCCUCACUGGUGUCCUCGCUGCCGAGACCAUCAAGGGUAUUCAAUCUGAGGGCGUCAUUGCUACUGCCAAGCACUACCUUUUGAACGAUCAGGAGCUCAACAGAAACACUGGUUCCUCUGACGCUGAUGAGCGCACUUUACAUGAAAUCUAUCUCUGGCCCUUUGCUCGUUCUGUCGAAGCUGGUGUUGCAUCCGUCAUGUGCUCCUACAACUUGGUGAAUGGUACCUACGCUUGUGAAAACGAUCACACCUUGAACACUUUGUUGAAGGGAGAGCUCGGCUUCAAGGGCUUUGUUCAGUCUGACUGGGGAGCAACUCAUUCCACUGUCGCUUCUGUCAAUGGUGGUCUUGACAUGACCAUGCCUGGUGAUAUUACUCUUGGCUCCGGUGGCUCUUACUUUGGUGCUAACUUGACUAAUGCCGUCAAUGAUAACAAGGUCAAGGAAGACCGUGUCACUGAUAUGGCUAUGCGUAUUGUUGCUUCCUGGUACAAGCUUGGUCAAGACAAGAACUUCCCUGAAACCACUAUUAGCUCAUUCAAUCGUGAAGACGCCAAGUAUGUCAAUGUACAAGCUGACCACAAGAAGUUAGUCCGUGAAAUGGGCGCUGCUUCCAGUGUUCUCCUCAAAAAUUCGGGUAUUCUCCCUCUCAGUAACAAGGUCAAGUCAGUUGCUCUUGUUGGUAGCAGCAUCAAAGCAGGCCCAGCUGCUGUUAACAAUGCCACCAUUUGCGAUGAUCAUGGCUGUGAUAUUGGCCAUCUCGCUCAAGGAUGGGGUUCUGGUACCGCCGAUUUCCCUUACUUGAUUGAUCCUCUUACUGGCCUCACCAAUGCUUUGGGUAAAGAUGUCAAGAUUCAUUCUUCCGCUGACGAUUGGGAUCUCACUGCUGCCGCUGAUACUGCCAAGGGUGCUGAGAUUGCUUUUGUCUUUUCCACCGCUGACAGUGGUGAAGAAUACAUAACUGUCGAUGGCAACAAGGGUGACCGUAACAACCUUACCUUGUGGAACAACGGUGAUAACCUGAUCAAAGUUGUUGCUGAUGCCAACGAAAACACAGUGGUUGUAAUUAACUCUGUAGGUCCAGUGCUCAUGAACGAAUGGAUCAACCACAAAAACAUCAAGGCUGUUCUUUGGCCCGGUCUUGCUGGUCAAGAAUCUGGUAACUCUCUUGCUGAUAUCGUCCUUGGUAAGGUUAAUCCCUCUGGCCGUCUUCCUUAUACCAUUGCCAAAAACCAUAAUGAUUACAAUGUGCACCCUGAUCCUGCUGACCAUGUCGUCUACUCGGAAAAGUUAUUGAUGGGCUACAAAUGGUUCGAUCACGCUGGUAUCGAGCCCUUGUUCCCCUUUGGUCACGGCUUAUCCUACACUAGCUUCAAAUAUAGCGGAAUCAAGGUCAAGACCAAGAAGAAGGACAACUCUGUCACUGUUACUGCCUCUGUCAUGGUCAAGAACUCUGGCAAGCUUCCUGGUGCUGAAGUCGUUCAAGCCUACAUUUCUUUCCCUGAAAGCGCUGGUGAACCACUCAAGAAUUUGAGAGGUUUUGAAAAGGUGUUCAUCAAGAAAGAUUCUUCCUCCAAGGUUGAAUUUGAGUUCUCCAAGACUGAGCUCAGUAUUUGGGACACAAAGACCAAGUCUUGGGUUAUUCCCUCUGGUAAAUUCACCCUUCAUAUCGGUGCUUCUAGCAGAGAUAUUCGUCAAACUGCUAGCUUUACACUUUAA